AUGGAGCGUGGGAACAUGUUUGCUUCAGAUGCGAGGGUGGCGUGGGAGUUUGCCCUGGGGGUGCUUGUGUUCGCAGCUGGCACGCGCAGCGAAGGAGAGAUGGCUAUCAACAAAGUUCGCGCUGUAGCUGGCAUGGGCCUCGGGAUAUUCGCGGGAAUUGACAUUCCCGCGUAUUCGGUCCUCGACGAAUACUUUGGCGAGCUUAUUCCACCAGCUGAGGCGGAUAAAAGAAACGACGAUUACUGUUUCGAAAUACCAGGCGUAGCACAUUCAGCGGCCCAGGACUAUGGUAAUUGGACCCGUUUCGUAAACCACUGCUGCGAGAGUUACAACGUCGAGGCCGUAGACGACGUAAUUGGCGGGCGAAGAACCAUCACAUUCAAAAGCCUAGAGGCCAUCCCAAGUGGAACGCAGCUGUUCAUCGACUACGGAACGAAAUAUUUUGGUGAUCCAGGUAACAUGUUAAUGUGCAACUGCCCAGAUUACCCCGGCCUACAUCUUCCUCCAGGACAGGAUGACAGCACCUCGGGCAACAGCCAGGCAUUCCCAGGACCUCCAGUGGGGGACACAAUUGUCGUAGCUCCCGAUAUGGGAGUGUCCGCGAGAAAUACUUGGAUCACUAAUACCAAAAGUUGGCUUAAUCAACGAGAGCCGGGUGGCUAUCUGGACUGGACAGCACUGCACUGGCGCUUUCUUGAACAGCUUAUGAGACGACGACGCCAUUUCAAUCGGAACGACUGGUCAAACAAAUACGGGUACGGUUCAUUGUCAUCAUCAAGAGGUGAUCCUCUGGUAGGAAAAUAUGUCACCCACAGCAGGGCAUCGAUGCAGAUCCGUGAGUGGCACAUCGAUGUCAUCAAGGUCUUUCAGCACGACAACGUCUGCGGCACCAAGAAAGGAGUGCGGUGGGAGAAGAAGGAGCUUCUGGGUCGGCUCUUUGCUUUGAUCAUAGCAGACCGAAGGAGGAGUCGGAGAGCAGGAUUAGAUAAUAGACGCGCACGUUCCAUGACGCCGCCGGACCCAGCACCCCCUGCCCCGGCCACACCAGCAGGGGCUCGGCCCCAAGCAGGAGUCCUUCCGACCCCACCAGCAACAGUGAGACCGCAAGCAACGGCGAGACCACAAGCCGCGGCUUGA